GCCAAGGAGGAUACGCUCUACGAAUGGAAAGGACGGAAGUUUUUCACCGAUAUUUUCACGUAAACGCAUAAAUCUUAGAUCCAGCAGAGAGACACGAAGUUGUUCCUGUUGCUUCAAUGACAUCUGAGGCUCUUCAUAAUAUAAUUUCAUGUAGGAUUUCAACCGAAUCCAUUAACCAUUCACAAUGACUGCUGUGCUGAUGUCAGCUAAUGGUCCAGCUGAGGUCAUCAAUGCCCGCCGUACUGAGUCAUUAGAUGCUCCCAGCAUCCUGAAGCUGGUUGGACCAUCCACUGAACCCCAGUUUGGUCUUGUCAAUGUUGUAAACCUUAUUGAGAAGGCUGUAUUGGCAGUGACUCUGAAUAAUGACAAGGACCAGAUCCUUGCCCAGUCGGCCUUCUUUGAUUACCCCAAUUUGCCCGAUGUUGACCCUGCCAAGUGGCAGGACUGGCUCAACACGUACUUUGACUGCCAAGAGUGCACGCCUUUGAACACCUUGUUUAUGCACUACUUUGUAGCUAAACAGGAGUUCUCGCAUGGAAGUGCAAGAGAAAUUAUUCGCACCGUCUUCAAUGCGGUACCAGAUAUCCACUUCUUGUAUCUCGUCGUGCCCAGUGGCAUUUACCCAGAGCCCGCCCUGGCCGAAAUCUUCAAGCCCCUGGACAAGAAGUUUGGGGCCAAGCCCCUCGAGAGCCACUCUGUGUUUGUCUGUCACAGGCACGACCAUUGUCCAGUGCUCUUUGUGAGAAAAGCCAGAGUGGAAGAUCACGACGAUCUCACCCCCAUCUUCAAUCGUCAGAGUGACAUGCUGAAGACUACAUAUGGAGAUUACUUCCUGGCAGAGCUGAUAGAAUCCCAGGAUGAAGAUAACCAUGCCAUCAUUGUGGAGAGUGAGGGCACCGCUGUAGGCUUCAUGAGCAUCUCCAGGAACAUCAACCUCAACCUGCUGAACAGCUGCUUUGAGUUGGGUCCCUUCCAUGGUCUCCGCAAGCCCCACCCAGACGAUAUCCUUGUGCCUCCUACCCCUCCCCCACAAGAGGAGCAGCCGGUCAUGGAAGAGGAUCAGGAAGGGAGACAGAGCGGCAUAGACAAACCCAUCUCUAGAUCAAGCUCCAUCUCCAGCAGGAAGGGCGAUGGCACUGUUGUACCGACCCCGUCUACUGCAGCCAGGCCAGGCAGUGGCAGCAAGGCAACACCUGCUGCAAGCACCUUGCCUUCCCAGGGCACUCCAGCACAGCCACCCAAGCCAGGAACCAGUGCUAGUGGCGUUGAGUCAGCCGAUGUGAAGAUUCAUACCAAGUUGAGCGAUGCACACAUGGCAAGUGUUGCUUCACUACUGAGUGAGCAGGAAGAUGUAGAAUCCAUCAAAUCCACUGGAUCAAAGAAAUCUGUGUCAGUUCAUUCAGUGCCGGAGAAUGCUGAAGUAGCCCCACUCUUACCAGAGCUGAGCCCCACCCCAGAGCCUGCAGUCCCCACCCCCAGGUUUGACCCUGUGUAUCAAGGGGAGUCGAACAGUUUCAUCAUCCAGCUGUUCUGCAUUGACGAAAAAUAUGAGAUGAGAUCCUUGGAUUUUCUGCCGAUGGCAUUCUCCCUGUUUCCUGACAGGGAUUUCUGCAUCCUCACCAUGCCCCACAUGGUGCCCGAGUUUCCUCUUUUGCAGAGCUUUGUGCGAGUGACCCCCAAGUGCCCCAGCAUCCUGCCCCAGGAGCUUUACGUCUUCAAUCGCUGCGGCCUUCUCCAGUCCUUCCAGGUCCGUCCUGCCUGCACCAGCGACCAGCCAGGGGUGGAGGAACUGAUCCAAUACAUUGACAACAAGGAAGGCCUGAUGGCAGACUUCAGGCAGUACAGCAAGGCCAGGAGAGAUCCUGAUGGCACGCCAUUGCAGGCCUACGUUGCCACCUGUCUGAACCAGGUUGUGGGUGUGGCCAUUACUCGGCAGGAGGAGGACAUUGAGUACAUCCGCUCCCAUUACAACAUCGAGGACUUCAUCUACUUCAACCACCACCGGCGGGACGAGCACGGCCACCUCCAUCACCUUGCACUCAAUCCCAUCUUCCAGCAUCAGACCAAAUUCUUGAUGAAAGAAGUCUUGAGGCAGGCCCACUUCACCUGUCUCUACUAUCCCGUCUACCCUGCUUAUGCAUCCCAGGAAGUACGAAGCAAGCAUUCAUUGGUAACUAGCUUGAACUACAUGGUUCCAGUGCGAGCCAGGAGACAGAUUGAGUAUCCGGUGGAACAGCUAGGCGGUAAUGCCCCCUCUGAGAGAGUCCUCAAGGAACAGGAGAAGUACGCCCUCAGUCACAUGAACCGCAAGUUGACCCUUGAACCCAAGGUCACCAUCAACGCUCGGAUUGUCGUUGUCGGGGCUUCAGACGUUGGCAUGGCCUUUCUGGAGACUCUGGCAUUUUGCCCACACCUGCGCUUCAACAACUUGAUCCUGAUCUCCCCCAAUGGUCUGCCAGGGGAACUGGCCCCUGACCCCAUCCGGGCCAACUUCCUGUCCACCAGCCACUGCUACUCCCAGGAUCGGCUGGCCCAGAUAUCGCUGCGCUCUUGGAUCAAUGUGGUCGCAGCCCAGAUGGUGGCCAUUAACAGAGGUAGCAAGUAUGUCAAAGUAGCUGGAGGAGCCAAGGUGCCAUACGACCAUCUGAUCUUGUGUACUGGGCAGCAGUACCAGACCAGCUGCCCGACGGGGGCGGAUACAUCUCAGCUUGUCACAAACGCCUCCUUACCCCAGAAGCCCGAUGCCCGCUACACAGGAAGAGUGCCCAAGAAUGUCUUUGUAGUCAAUGAUGAGCAUGACGCUGCCCGGGUGCUUAAAUGGCUGAACAAGCACUUUGUGAAUGUUGAAGGCAAGGCCAUCGUAUACGGACGCACCCUAGAUGCCUACUCUGCUGUCCAGUCACUGCUUGCUAUUGGUGUGCCAGGCUUGCGCAUCUGCUUUGUGCAACCACCCCUCGAGUACAGCAUCACCUGUUUCAACAACGCUCAGGUUGAGAAGACAGUGCAUGAAGCCAUUGAGGCGCAGGGUGUACAGAUGUUUGAUGGCUUCUACCUCGCCCAGUGGAAUGAUGGGAAGGGAGGGGACGAGGUCUACUGUGCCUCCUUCACCUCGGACACCAAGCCCAUCAAGCUGGAAUGCUCUGCCUUCCUCUGCUUCAACAACAAGGCAGUUGAUUAUGAUGCUUUCAAAGCCAUCAAUGACAGUUGCCUGGUGUUUGAUGGCAAGUUAGUCAUCGAUGCCAACUUCCACACCAAUGACCUGUCUAUCAGAGGUGCUGGACCACUGACAAAAUUCCAACGCAAAUACCACGCUGACCAAUGGUCCCAUGCCAACUUCAAUUCCAAGGAGGUCGGGAGUGCCCUGGCGUCCACCAUGCUGCGACUGUUUGACCCCACCUUGGAAACGGACAUUGCCCCACCUGUGGAGCCAAUGCCCCUCAUCCCCAUCUACACCGAGGCCAAGGUGCAAGGGGCGUACCUGCCGGGCGGGUUGAACUACCUGCACAUCGGCAAGCCCAGCCUGGACACCCCUCUGGAGGCAGACAUGGCCCAGCUGGAUUAUGGACGUGUGUUGAUGACAGGAGACCAAGAAGGUUCCUCUCAGGAUUAUUUUAGGCUUCACAUCAACCAAUACAACAAGAUCCAGACUGUUACUUGUCUGGCAAAGGAGACCAUCGACACCAGCAACCUUCUGUGCCUGUAUGACCUCCACGAGCGCUUCCUCAACAACCUGGUGUCACGGUUUGACGAGGGCCUGAUCCCUGACCUCUAUAGCUUUUUCCGGGAGACCUGGUGCCUGGCCAUCUUCCAUGACCGCUUCCCGGACUUCCGGCAGGAGAUUCGAGAACUCCUGGUGCAGAGACCUGCUGUGGAUGUCACUUCUCUUGAGGAAAAGGUCAGACAGCUCAUUGAUCAAGACCUUGAGCUGGAGAAACGAGAGCGCAAAUACUUGGAGGAGCAUUUUGAGAGCAGCAGCAACAAGCGAUCCCUGGAGACACGUCUCCUGAGCUUCCUGAGUUACAACUACUACCACCUGCCCAUGUAUGCCAAACCGGGGAUGGUCUGAAUCUUAGCAGGACAAUGCCCCCCUACCCGCAUUGUGCUUAGCAAGCCCCUUUGGAAAUAUGAAGGGAAAAGUAUUCUGGUGGGACUUCCUCUAAUGGGUUUGAAUUUUAUCCAUUGCCGAAGUUAUAUCCACUAUUACAAGUUUAGUAAUGGCAGUACCAAGGUUCAAGAGUUUUUUAAAAGACAAAGCUAAGCACAAAAUACUAAGUACAUGUAAUUAUUUGCCUUUUAUGAGUGGUUCUGAGAAUUUGUAAAUUAAUUUGCUAAACUGAAAAUGGGACUUUUGUUUAAAAAAAGGCCUCAUCAAACAAGCAUUGCUUUCAAUAUAAUUUUGAAAAAAGUUUGAACGGUAAAGGUCCAGUCUUAGAGAAUCGUCUUCAAAAAUUUGCUUUGAAUGCAGUAUUGGCAAAUAGACUACUCAGAGCUGGGGAGAAAAAGGCCAUGGUGUUAAUCUGACAAGGAAAUUGGCUGGGAAUGCCAAUUCUACAAACAGUGGUUAGUUCUUGUGUAGAUUAGGUUCCUUGUGGCUGGCUCAGUGUGACUGGAAUUCCAUAGAGUUUUGUGCAUUAUUAGAAGAAAAGCUCCCAAGAAAAAAGUUUUUUCCUUCUCUUUAUUGCUUUUGAGUUAUACCGUCCAGAAAGUAUACAAGUAUGGAAUACUUGGAUUUUUCACAAAUGAUAUCAAAGUCAUAUUCUCAGUUACAGAAACUAAUAUGAUUAUUUUGCUGAGUAUAAAACAUGAGGGUAUAGAUCCCCCAUGCAGAACCUUUAAAAUGUAGCCUCAUAAUGCAUAGUGAGUGUUAACGACCGUACAUUGUGAUUUUUUUGUAAACUGGUAAAAGUAACUGUAUGAUAUUUGUGUGCAUUUGUCUGCAAAAUGACUUGGGUAAUUAAAUAUUCUUUACGCUGUACAAGGUUUGAAGCUGAGUGAAAGGUGUGUACAUACUUGCAAUAAACUACACCGUUUUUGUUUUAAUGAAA